AUGGCCAAUGGCGAUUGUUAUCGCCGAUUGUCGAACUCAUCGUCCGUAUUGUACGGCAGUUGUCCACAACUAACACAGCAUUGCGAUUCACUGCAGCAGCAAACACAUUGUCCACACAUCAAAUCAAACGCCGCCGAGCAAGACGCAGAAUCAGAGUCAGAGCUAGAGCAACAAGCGAAAAACCAGCUAACACAUCGUCAGUAUUCGAGUUUAGUGCGCACCGGUCGCCGUCAUCAAACACAUAGUCCCGUCUUGUUCACUUGUGCGCUAACAUUUACAGCCGGGCGCACAGCGAAGAGCUGCAGUAAAGCCACAAAAGAAGUGACACAGGCAACAGCGAGUGCAGUGACGACAAAUUGUGCGCCCGCCAACGCGCCGACAAAGUCGUCUUUAGCGUUUGUUUCCUUUAAGCCAUCCGCUAUUGCGGCUAGAGCGCGUCGGGCACAACAAUUGCAACAGGAAUUCGUAUCGUCCGUUGCCACACCAGCUGUGACCGCAUCACGCUACUUGUGUCAACAUUGCAGAUUCAACAAUCAGCCGAUUACGUGGUGGGUCUCUUGUCCGCGACUCUCCAAUUUAGGUUCCACGCUAAGUUUGCAACAGAGCGCUGGUGAGCAACAACAGACAAAUAUACAAACUCAACAAACCCAAGCAGCGCAACUGAUACGCGGCGUAGUCGCCAGCAACUACGAUUAUCGAGAGCAACAACAGAAACAACAACAACAGCAACAGCGUCCUCUACCCUUGCCACCAACGAGCGUUAGUGGUGGUGGUGGUGGUGUUGGUCAACAGUAG